UCAUUUCCGCAAAUCAUUCACAAUGGCGUCGCGAUUGGCAAAGCUCGCGCUCUCGGGCGCUCGCGUCGGAAGACCAGCCCUCCCCCGUAUCGCCCUCCCAGCAAUCACUACCUUCUCGACCUCCGCCGCCCGCCGUGAGAGCAACGUGCCUCAGAAGGACCCCAAGUCCGCCGCCAACUCCAUCCUCGAGUCGCUUCCGGGCAACAGCAUCGCCGCCAAGACCGCCAUCCUCUCCGCAGGCGCCGGCCUCUCCGUAGCUGCCAUCAGCAAUGAACUCUAUGUUGUGAAUGAGGAGUCCAUUGUGAUGCUCUCGCUUUUGACCAUCUACUGGGCCGUCUACACCUACGGAGGACCGAUGUACAGCGAGUGGGCACAGGGUCAGCAUGACAAGGUCAAGGGAAUUCUCAACGCUGCGCGGGAAGACCACACCAAUGCUGUCAAGGCCCGCAUUGACAGCGUCAAGGAUCUCAGUGGAGUGAUUGAUGUCACCAAGGAUCUCUUCGCUGUGUCCAAGGAAACCGCUCAGCUCGAGGCCCAGGCAUACGAGCUCCAGCAGAAGACCGACCUUGCCGCUGAGGCCAAGGCUGUUCUCGACUCAUGGGUGCGCUACGAGGGCCAGGUCAAGGCCAGACAACAGAAGGAGCUCGCAGAGUCCGUCAUUGCCAAGAUUGAGAAGGACCUCGAGAACCCCAAGGUCCUCGACCAGAUCCUCAGGCAGGCGGUGUCAGAUGUUGAACGUAUCGUCGCGCAGAAAUAGAUCACGUGACUGAGAAGUCUUCGGUGAGAGUGGCCGAACUCGCAUUGUAAAUACCUAGACAUUUGCGAAAGGCGGUCAAAUGAAAUGGGUCCUUUUUGUUGUCCAUGC